AUGGUGCUCGAGUCGCCCGACCCGCGCGUUAAGAUCGCCGUCACCCACGCCGCGCACCGCUUGCUCGCCAGCGGCGCGGCGGCCGCAGACGAGUCGGCUGCGGUAGGCAGUCAGGCGGCGGAGGCGGCGGCGGCGGCGGUUGGCGUGGCGACUGCCCCUCCGAAACCCGCGCGGCCGGCGCGGCCAGAGCUGGUUCACCCGCGGGCAAUCCCCAAGCCUGGCCCCUCCUCCCCGUUACCCUGGCCAGCGCACAUGCUGCACAACCUAGCCCACGUGGAAUUGAACGCCAUCGACCUGGCAUGGGACACUGUUGUCAGAUUCUCCGCUCAAGGGGCGGAGGGGGAGUGGGGGGAGGAAGUGGGUCGAGGGGGGUUGGAGCAGGGGGAGAGGGGGGACGAAGAGCGGGGACGAGAAGAGGGAGAGGGGGAGGAGGAGGGGAGAAGGGAGAGCUUGGAGCAAUCGUGGAAGCUUCCACGUCAGUUCUUUUUGGACUUUGUACACGUGGCAGAUGAUGAGAGCAGACACCUGGCAUGGUGCCUGCAGCGACUGGAAGAGAUGGGGCACAGGUGGGAUGUGGUGCAUGCAGGUGGGGUGCGAUUUAGGUGGGGUGCGAUUCAGGUGGGAUGCGGUGCAGGUGGGAUGCGGUGCAGGUGGGAUGCGGUGCAGGUGGGAUGCGGUGCAGGUGGGAUGCAGUGCAGCUACGGUGACAUGCCAGCUCACAACCUGCUCUGGAGGGACUGCGAGAAGUCGGCCAAUCAUGUGCAAGACAGGCUGGCAGUCAUUCCCAUGGUGCAGGAGGCGAGGGGGUUGGACGCGGGGCCGCGGCUGGUGGAGCGGCUGGUGGGGUUGGGAGACAACAGGAGUGCCGCGGUGGUGGCCAAGAUAGCACAGGAGGAGGUGGCACACGUGGCAGUCGGGGUGGCAUGGUUUGUCUGGGUGUGCGAGCGCAUGGGGGUUGACCCACAGACGUCGUUCACAAGUGUGAUUCGCUCCCUGUGUGCCAAUGGCGUGAAAGGGCCGUUCAACCAUGCCGCUCGUGCCUCUGCUGGCCUGCCACGCCAUUGGUACGACCCCCAACAACCCGCCACUGCUGCCCCACUCAAUACAGUCACAUCCAGCUCUGCUGCUGACACACCUGCUUCAGUCACACCUGUUGCACUCACAUCAGCUCAUGGCCCUUCAUUGGAUUCAUCUGGAGUAGUAGGAGGGGUAAAGGAGGGAACUGGAGUGAUGGUGGAAAAACGGCGCUCGGGGCAGCAAGAAGUGGGCAAGAAAUGGAGAAAGCUGAUGAGCGGGCAGGUGAACCGGGCAGCCCGGGAAAAGAUGCGAGAUCAGCUGCAGAGGAAGGCAGCUCGCAUCGAAGACCACAUCCAACGGUGCGAACGGCUCCUCCAAUCAGACAGCGCCACAUCAUCAUCAUCCACCUCGUCCCUUUCGACAUCAGAAGAAGCGCGUUCCUCACCAGCUGAUUCUCUCGAAGCUCCGUUCCCCGCCUCCUCUGCCUCCUCUGCCUCCUCUGCCUCCUCUGCCUCCUCUGCCUCCUCUUCCUCCUCUGCCUCAUCCUCCCUGAUCUCCACCUCAUUAUCACUUCCAGUCUCACCUUCCCUUUCGGAAUCGGCAUCCAAUCGCCCAUCGCCUUUGGGUGCCUCCCAAAACGCCAUGCCUUUGCCCUCAUCGUCCCAUCACCGAUCGGCCCCUCAGCCACAGCUUUUAGAGAGUGUUGAGAAAGAGAACUCCUCGUCGCAUCCCCCUUACAAGCUGUCUCCUCAAGUGAAACAGGACUUGAAGCAGCAGCAGAGUCAUUCCCUGAAGCAGCUCUCAGAGGUGCACCGUCGCUUGGCCCUGCUCAUCUCCUUUGAGGACCGCUGA